AUGGCAACUGAAGGGUGGAGUUGGCGCGAGUAUGCUUUAGGCACGACAUUAGCUGUAGCUGUCGCUUCUGCUUCUUAUCUGGUAUACUUUGACUACAAGCGACGAAAUGAUGUCCAAUUCAGAAAGACAUUGAAAAGGCAGAAGAAGGCACUUAUGAAGGUCCAAGCUGAAGAGGAAGCUGCUAGGAGUAGAGGACGUGCUGCUACUGCUGGAGGUUCUUCAGAUGAUGCCGAUAAGAUACCAACCAAUGUCGAAGAAAAGGAAAAGUACUUUAUGGACCAAUUACAAUCUGGUGAAAUAUUGUAUCGCAAAGGUCCAGCACACUACCAAGCUGCUGCUGCCUGCUUCAUGAGGGCCAUGAAGGUGUAUCCACAACCACUCGAACUCAUUAGUCUCUUCCAAAAAUCUCUCCCUGAACCCGUCUUCCAAAUCCUAAUGGAAAUGAUGUCUGCUGAUGUACGUGAAGCUGAAAGUCAGCAAUUAAAAUCAGAAACUAGAGGAGGUAGAUCCGCAUCAUCAUCAACUUCUCCAACUCGUCCUGAGGGCGACAGACGUAGGUCUAGCCUCAGUAGUGCUGCUAGAGCUCGUAAUGAGGAAAUAAGAGCUACUGAAGCAGCUGUGGAAGAACUUCUUCAAGAAUUAAUGGGUGACGAUGGUGAUGAGGGAGAAUGGGAGGAUGAAGCGCAAAUUGAAGAGUUAGAAUAG